AUGCACGUGCUCGGCCUCAUGCACCGGGACCUCAAGCCGAGCAACGUGCUCGUCGACGGCCGAGGCGUGCUGAAGCUCUGCGACCUCGGGAUGGCUUUCGCCAUGGAGGAAUCCAUACCGCCGUACUCGAACCCGGUCGGCUCGCUGCCGUACAAGGCGCCGGAGCUCUUGCUCAGGUCGUCGAUCUACGACGAGACGAUCGACAUGUGGGCGCUCGGCUGCAUCAUGGCGCAGCUCCUCGGAGGCCAGCUGCUGUUCCGCGGAAUGUCCCAUGAGGACAUGCUCAUCCGCAUCAUCCAAGUUCUUGGCGUUGACGACAUCGCCGGCUGGAGGGGCUACGACGACAGUAUGAUCCCGAAGACGUUGCGGAGCGGACGUCGGAGGCACAGCCGUGUGCUCCGGAUUUUCUCCUUUCUCAGGGUGGCUGUUGGCGCCGGUGUGCCGGAGCCGGUAAAGAGGGCACGGCGGCGCAGCCGUCUGCACCGGUUCUUCUCCAUUCCGGGGAAGGCCUAUGGCCGCGCUGGUCUGCCGGAGCUGUCGGAGGCUGGGUUCGAGGUGUUGAGUGGGCUUCUGACGUGUAACCCGGAGAAGAGGAUGACGGCGGCGCAAGCUCUCCAGCAUCGUUGGUUCACCGUGUGA